CUCAGUUUGUACUACUGCCUGAAUUUUAAGGCGCCCAACUGCCUGUAUUUUAUAACUUAUCAUGGACGAAAUGAUAGAACAGGUAAACCCGGUCCACGUGACUUUAGACGAUUUAGAGGAAUUGAUCGGAGCUCUCAGUGCGGAGGAGAUAGAAGAGUUAGCAGAAUGUGAUCCUGACGAUUCAAAUAUGCCUCCAUCAAUGCGCUGUGCGUACAAAUGCAACAAGGCUGCAACUGGAGAAGUUAAUAGAGACAAGCUGCUAGAUGGUCUAAAGGAACAAGCGUUGGCAAUUCCUGACAAGAUUAUUUAA